UCAAGGCCCAUCUCAGAGCUUCUCUUCUAUGAAGCUGUUACCCUCUGCUGUUGCCUGCUGUGCCACCCAGGCUCUUACCUGCAGGCUUCUACAGAGCAGCGCUUCUCUCUCAGUCCAGCCUCAACAGCCAAGAAGAUGGCAUUCAGCUUUACUUCCUGUAGUUCUCUUGGGGCACAGAGCACCUUUUCCUACUUUGCAAAUGAAAAUUACAGGAUGAUAAGGAAUAUGCUUUUGAAAACUACAAUCACCCCCUACCUUGAGACCUGCUGGUCCAGAGUAGUGAUAAGACAUCUGAAGCAGCCCUGACUUGCACAGCUGAUUUUUCCUCUGUCUGGAUUUCUUAAAGAGGACCGCAGCCACAAACUAUACUUUGCCCAAACUUGGUUGCACACAUUUGAGUUGUGUGACAGAGUGCUUACUGUGUACAACUGUACCCUGUCUCUCACUGUUUGAGCUGAGCCUUUUGUGCACUUGGAGCAGUGCACUCCUGCUGGGGCCAAGGCCACCUCCCUGUUGGUUCCUGCAGAGCUGUUAGGCAGUGGCUCUUCUCUGCUGCAUGCCACACUUUGACCUGGAGUGAGCAUCAAGCUCUCUGAGCUGCAGUUUGUGGGGAAUGAGCUUUUCCCCUUUGAAGAGCUGAUAAGCACACCCAGGCUCUUUUUCACGUCCUGCAAUACACACAUGUGGGCUCAGAGAUGGACCUCAUUGUGAGAAGCAUUGCUCUUCCUCCCUCAUCACUUAACCUGGCUGGGCAGCCUGCUUACCCCCACGGGGAGAAGGAAGGUGAGCUUGAAGAAAUCCGCAAAUGUGGAAUGAAAAACUUCCGUAACAUCCAGGUUGAUGAAGCUAAUUUAUUGACUUGGCAAGGGCUUAUUGUUCCUGACAACCCUCCAUAUGAUAAGGGGGCCUUCAGAAUCGAAAUCAACUUUCCAGCAGAAUACCCAUUCAAACCACCGAAGAUUACAUUUAAAACAAAGAUCUAUCACCCCAACAUCGAUGAAAAGGGACAGGUCUGUCUGCCAGUAAUUAGUGCUGAAAACUGGAAGCCAGCAACGAAAACCGACCAAGUAAUCCAGUCUCUCAUAGCACUGGUGAAUGACCCCCAGCCUGAGCACCCCCUUCGGGCUGACCUAGCUGAAGAAUACUCUAAGGACCGUAAAAAAUUCUGUAAGAAUGCUGAAGAGUUUACAAAGAAAUAUGGGGAAAAGCGACCUGUGGACUAAAAUCUGCCACGAUUGAUUCCAGCAAGUGUGAGCAGAGACCCCAAGCAGUGCAUUCAGACAUCCCGCAAAGCAGGACUCUGUGGAAAAUUGACACAGGCCACCACCUGGCGUUUGCUUGUGGCAGUUACUAACUUUCUACAGUUUUCUUAAUCAAAAGUGGUCUUAGGUAACCUGUAAAGAAAGGAUUAAAAAUUUAAGAUGUUCUAGUUCUGCUUUCUUUGUUUUAAAAAUCACUGCUUCAGUCUACUCUAAAAGAAUGGUGUUUCUUUUCUUGUCCAAAUUUAUCCAAAAUCUUCCAUUUACAUUUAGACCUUAAGGUUUAAAAUAAAAGGUUGUGGUUCCCUUUCUUCCCAUGCCCUUCCAACGCCACUCUCUUGCAUUCAGUUUCUUUUUCAUUCAUUCACUUUGCCAGACCCAGGCCCCACCUCUGCAAGGAGAAGAGACAGCUCUGUCUGGUCUGGUGACUUCUCUUCUCCCAUGUUGCAGUGCGUGUGGGAGUUCAUUCAAGUUCUCCUGAUUCCAAUUUAUAACAUACUUUAAAAACAAUUUUUUUAAAGCAAGCAAACCACCAUCCCCCCCAAAAAAUAACUAUGAAAAGGAGGCCCACUUCUUAUGUAAAAAUCUUGCCAAUGUUAUCAUCAUAACACUGAUUAAAUGGCAACCCUGAUGUCUGUGUGUGUGACUGAACACUAGCUUGGCCUGGCCUGCCUGGGAAGACCCUGCAGUAUCAGGUCUGUGGCCACCCAGGGAGGGCCUGCCAGCCAGAGGACUCUGCACUUGUGUGAGGAAUUUCUCAUCAGAGAGGCUCCUGAGGUCAAAGGUUCACGCUCCUCCCUGCAGCCAUUUUAGAAGAUGUGCUGGCCUUUACAGACAACGCUAAAGCCAGAAUGUCCAUUUGAAAUUCCACGCUCACCAGUCAGCAAGCUCCAUCCGAAUGUGCCACGGAGCCCGAUCUCCACCUCCUCAGUGCAGCAGCCCCGCCUCAGCCCUCCUUCAGCAGUUUGACCCUUUGCAGGGUUGGAAUUGGCAGGACUCAGCUAGAGCCAGAACCAGUCCGGGGUCACCGAUGCCCUGCUGGCCUCUCCCUUUGAAGCAGCUGGCCAGGCCAGCCCAGGAACAAGACGGCCUUCCUUCCCUCUGGACUCACAGCCUUUGCAGAGUCAAGCUCCACUUGAAGCCCACUGAGUAAUAUCCUCUACAUGUGUUUUAUAUUGUUUUGACUGCCUUUUUUUUGUAGAAAUAAAAUUGACCUUAGAAUUUAUCCUCA